AUGAGGACAAUGCAAAAUGCCUGCAUAAUAUGCCACAAGAAAAAGAUCAAAUGCGACCUGGCCAGUCGGCGCCCAUGCUCCAAUUGUUACAGGGCCGGGAAGGAAUGCGUGAUGUAUACCAGGAAGCGCAAGCGAUACACGAACAGUCUCUCACCUCGUGAGAGCGCGGAACCGCAGCAUAACCAGAACGAUAUAACUCUAACACAAAGCUAUACAGCACAGACACCAGCCACGCAAAGAUCCAGAAAAAAUGAUAUGAUUGAAACCUAUCGCGGCCGGGACCGCUACCUAGGACGGCACGUGUCCUUCGACGAAGCAAUCGCCUCGCCUGACCAGCAAGACUCAGGACCAGAGUCAGGAUCAGGGUCCAGACUCUCGCCGUUGGAUCUUGAGCUUCUCACGCACCAAGGCGCAUUCCAAUUACCACCGAAAUCAGUGCAGGAUGAUUAUAUAGCGACUUAUAUGCAGUAUUGCAAUGUAUGGACGCCAAUUGUUGAACGUGAAUGGCUUCAUGGUCAAUCGGUGUCCUACCUCCUUCUUCAAUCCAUACUACUAGCAGCAAGCCGUGUGACGAAGCAGCCCAGUACCCAUGGAACGAGUGCGGAUUUCUACCGCCGCGCAAAAUUACUAUUUUUCUUUGGGCAUGAGCGAAAUCCGCUUAUUUCUAUUGUCAGCGCGGUGCUGCUGCAUUGGUAUAAUCCCGUCGGACCGGAGAUGAUAUCGACUGAUACGAGUGGGUUUUGGUUAAGAACUGCGGAGGCAAUCGCGUUUCAGAUUGGAUUGCAUAAGGAGCCGGCACCGGGUUCUGGCACAGUUGAGAGCAAGAGGAAGAGGGCGUUGAAGAGGAGGUUGUGGUGGACUUUAGUCGUCCGAGAUUGUAUUAUUUCAGCUGGUGUUGGACGGCCUCGGACUAUAAACCUUUGUGAUAGUGAUGUGUUUCCUCCGUCGCUGGAUGACUUUGAUAAAGACGAGGAUACAACGAGACCUCGGCUAUUUCUCGUCUACGCAUCAAUAUGCCAGCUUCUAGGGGAUAUUGUGGAAAGCUGUCUGCGUCCUCAACAACAACCCAAUCAACACCAUAAAUCCCUCGAGAACGCGCUCUACCGCUGGGUCAAACAGGACUUCCGAAAUAUAACUACCCUCAUUCCUGGUUCAUCAUUGCAAUACACUCUUGAAGCCCGACAGAUCAUGCUCACGUACUUUGCGAACCUAAUUAUCCUCGACCGCACACCGACAUCCGACGGGGUUCCAUCUGCCAGGUCUUUGGUCGCGUCAUCGUUCAUUUCAGGUAUAUACAAGGAAUUCCUAUCUCGCGACGAGCUCUCUCGCCUAGGACCUAUUUUUGCUUUCUACGCUUUGUGUGCAGGACUUGCGUUGAUCCCCGCGAUCCGGUUCCCCAUUGUACGGGGUACGGCUAUUGAGGAAUUACAGACGUUGAUAAAUUCUCUACGACUUCUUUCGAAACAAUGGGGCUCUGCAUUUGGCGCACUGCGUGCGUUACAGAGGCUUGGGGGUGAGAUAAGCCAGCAGCCGAAUAGGGAGGAUCCGGUUCCGGUGUUGAAGGAGGAGAUGGUACCAUUCUUUGAAGAUUUCGGGAAGGGGUUGUGUCGGCAGUGGAAUGUGUUUUUUGGUGGCGAGGAGAUGGCGGUGACAGGGAUGGUUCCGCAGGGGAUGUUGAAUAAUCUUGCGCUCGAAACUGAGCUGCCAUCCCUCGGUCAUGCUGGGACUGGGACUGCGACUGUGGAUGUAUUGCUGCAGUCAGCCGGUAAGACGGACUUUGGAGGUUUGGACCUGUUGAGUGGGAAUUGGGAGGGUGUUGGAUUUGAUUGGAGCGGGUCUUGGUUAUUAGACAAUGUAAUAUCACAUAUCAACUGA